AUGUCCACCUACGUCUACACUCUUAUCGUACUCCUGGGGGCGGCAGCCGCUGCCGCCGCCGCCGGCUACUCCUACCCCGUGCCGCCGCCGCCGCUCUUCGACGAGCCGGCGUACCUGCCGCCGCCCGUCGCCGACGACGUCCCCCAGAUCAUCCCGGCGUACCCGCCCGUCGGCACGCCGCCGCCGCCGCUCCACGACGAGAUCCUGCCGCCGCUGGACGACGGCGUGGUGAUCCCGGCCCCCGGGCAGUACUUGCCGCCGACAAAACAGGCUCCUUUGCACGUCUUGAACAUGUCCUGUUGGGACUCCCAGGACGGCGGCGGCUACUUCCGGGCGCUGUUCCGAGUGGGGGCGGCUGGUAGGGGGUUUCCGGUGAUGGAGGGAACCGAUUGUGUGGUGGCUUCCGAGAGGGACGUGUUCAGGAUAGAGCUGGAAGGACAGAGAAUGGCGGAUUGCGGGAUACGGGCUUGUGGGGGCAGAAUGUGCGUGGUUGUGAGGAUGGCGGCGGUUCCGGGACUCCGGUUGGCGGAAGAUUCGUUGGUGACGUUGCAGUGCGUGCCCCAGGAGGCGGUGGUGUCGCAGACGAAGCAUUUGAGGCUGAGCGCUCAAAACGAGCAGGGUCGCUCCAGCGCCCGGUCCAUCCCGGUGGCCUCUGGAGGCAGCCAGCGCAGAUUCGACUCCACGGUCACCCUUUUGCGUAAAAGCAAUGGCGUUUUCGACCAGCCGGUCCAGCAAGGCAGCGCCGUUCGUCUCGGGGACGAGCUCCUGCUGAGGAGUUCCGUGCGCGAGGGAGACGGGUGGAAAUCUGGUCGUAUGGGGUCUGUUAUCAUCAGGAGCGCCUCCUCUCAAAAGUCCGCAGUCCUAGUGGACGAGCACGGAUGCCGCAACCCCACCAUGCGUGCCGUGUGCCCCCAGCAACCCCAACAAGUCACCCCUUUAACCGUCCAGUUCCCGUUUCGUGCUUUCCUUUUCCAGGGGGCGGCGCCCGCCGACGAUCUCCUAUUAUCUGUGAGAAUGUCGGCAUGUUUGCGUCCACGCGACUGUUACCAGAGUACAGCCUGCGAGGACGCCCCCAGGACCCGCGCCGCCAGAGCCGCCAACGCCACCGAAGACCUAGUAACCGACUGGGAAUCCCAAAUCCAGUUCCGGGUGCUACCCCCAGAAGCCAAACCUUCUCGGACUACCACCCCAUGGACAAUCAUCCCCCUAGCUACAAUCUCAAUCCUCCUCGUCUGCGCCGUCCUAGCGCUCUUCAAAGCCCGAACCAAAACCCACCAGUGAACUCCGCUACGCCACUGCCUUUUAUUACGUCCCACAACGCAAUCUAUUUUAAGUAUCGAUACCCAUUACGCAUUCAAGAGCUACUUCCACCGCUCAAAUUAAUAAUGAUAUCGAUUCCACGACAGAACGAAACAAGACUUUGUAUGGAUGUCAACAAUUAAUUGACAUCAAUGAGGAAAACAAACGUUUUAUAAUCCGGCAAAGCGAAAAUCGC